AAGAACAACAGCAGCAGUAACUCAACUCCCAUGGCAGGAGGAACCUGAGGCUUCGUUUCAACUUUAAGAACAUUUUCCAGGAAGCAGAUUGAUUUGAAGGUCGCAUUUCCCGAAAAGCAUUUAACCUGAAAAUGACGUACAGAAGAGACAGAAGUAUACGGGAGGUGUAUGAAGACCGCUUUAUGCAAGAAAGACCAGGUCCAUAUCCAAGGGCAGCCGGAGCCGUCGAGAGGAGAGGCCCGUUUGGCAGACCAGAGGAUGAGUACGGUCGAGGCGGGUAUGAAUAUGAAGGAGGUCCCCGUUUUUACCCGAAUGGAGGCGGCCCUCGAGGUUUCCAUGACGAGCAGAGGGGCUACCAAGUGGAAGGCCACCACUUUCCUGAGCGCAGAGCGAUCCCACCAGCACGAAGGGAAGACUUUCCCUACAGAGUACCGAGAGAAGACCCUCAUGCGGGACGAUCCUUGGAGUUUGGUGCUCGCGUACCUCCACCUCCCAAUGUGAGAAGCCAGGGUGUUUAUCCAGCUGCCAGAUCGCUCCCAGAAAGCGGGGAAGACACAUUAGUGCAAGCCAUCCGUAACCUGGACAGAGGGGAGGAAAGGGAUCCUUACAGGAGGAAGGCAGCCCUGUUUCCACCCCUAAGAGAACGCUCCCCAGUCCGCCGCGAGGUGGCCCGCUCCCCUCACAGUCGCUCUGGCUCCAGCGUGAGCAGCAGAGGCUACUCGCCAGACAGGGCAAAGAACCUGCCUUUUUCCACGCAGCAAGGCAAGAAUUUGGACGGUCCAGAGAGUCACACAGGUGUUUCUGAGCACCUCUGGGGGGCGCUCUUUCCUCAGAGCGGACAUGACAUUUUGGACAAAAUUCCUGGCUUGUCACGAGAAGGCUCCCCACAGAGUGCGACAUCAAACAAGGAGGAAAGUAAUCCUCCAGAGGCAGAAAAGGAGGAACCAAUCGUGGCUUCGGUCACUGAAGACGGCAAAAAGUCUACAGAGAACCUAGAAGAGAGGCGAACCAUGGCCAUCGCAGCCAAAGCCAAGGAGAUAGAAAAGAUCUACAGGCAGGAUUGCGAGACGUUUGGAAUGGUGGUCAAAAUGUUGGUGGCAAAGGAUCCCAGCUUGGAGAAGCAGCUGCAAGUCCCGCUCAGAGAGAACCUCGGGGAGAUACGCGAGCGCUGCCUGGAGGACCUCAAGCACUUCAUCAAAGAGCUGGAUGAGGACGUCCGGUUUCCAGAACCAUCCGUCUCUGACUCUGUCACUCCUGCCAUGACCCAGAAACUCUUAAAAACCAGCGUGAACCACAGCUCGUCUUCUUUCUGAUGUGCUUCGUCUACAUCCAUUCCGAUUAAUGUGAGACUGAGGAUUUUUAUUUUAUUACUUUUUUUUUUUAUUAUUAACAGCUCAGAUUUAGGAUUGCUGGACUUGAACAUACUGCAGGUCACAGCAACCUGAGGAACUCGUCGCAGGAGCGAACAGUGUUAUUUUUGAAUGGACCAUUUUUACCUUCAGGUUUUCUAUGAAAAAAUGUAAAAACAUUAAGAUUGUUUUUUUUUUUGUUGUUGUUUAAAUAUUUAAAAACUACAAGUCUCCAUGACUCUUAUGAUGUUUAAUAUGGCUUUCAGUUUUGAAGCAUGAAAGUUUUGUUUUCUGAUAUGUAACUUGAAUAAAUAUGUAUCACUCGGUGCUGCAAUAGACAGAAAUCAAGUCGUCGUAAAAGUUUGUACUGUUAAAAUAUUUGAAAUUGCCUUUCUCAAUCUGACAUUUCUUAAAAACCAAAAUGCACAAAAUUUUACCAUUUUUAGAUAUUCCCAAAAUAUUAAGAGUCAAAUCCAUCCUUAUGUCUUGCAAAGAUAUAAUGUUCUUUCCCAUUAUUGAAAAGUGGCUGAAAAGGAAAAAGGCCUUUAAGAUUCAUACUUCAGGAAAACCAGAAGUUAUACAUUACUAAAUCAAAAGUGUAUAGAUAGGCCGACUUCAAGUAAUUGGGCUAAAGAAGUUACAUUGUAAAAAUCCUCAUGCAGUUAUGAAUAUUAUCACACAUUUACCAGAAUGACUGCAUGUUUUUUGGGGGAGGGUUUUUUCCCAUUUUAAGGACUUUCUAAGCAAAUUAUGUCCCAUAUGUUUGCAGAAUAGAAAGUCAGGGAUGUCUCUGCCAUUUUGAAGUGACGAGGAGAAGUUGCCCGUUUAUUUUUGUUUAUUUUUAUAUUUUCUUUGUCUUGUUUGUAACUCAGCGACACAAGAAUUCAUGGAUCACUCGUAAAGAUUUUUUAUUUUUUUUUGACAAACCUGAUCAGCUUAAAAAAACCAUAGAAAUUAAAGACGGUACUUCAGUUGUAUUUAAAAGGAGAGGUAUUUAACUUUUAUUGAAACGACUUUUGUUAAAGAAAUUAUCAUUCACCGUCACUUGGUGGUUUUUAUAAUUCCUCACCCAACAGUUUCAGUUUUGACAGCUUAAAAAAGGCUGCAAGUGUAGAUGUGGCUAAUGUUAGCAAGCCUCUAUGUUUUUGUCACCAUGUCUUGACUUAUAAGAAACAAGGACUGCUUGGCUUUGAACUCUUAUCGGUUUCCCCUUUUGAAGAGCAAGAGAAGUAUGUCUUUUUGUCAUGUAUCCAUGCCCCUAGACAACGAGCAGUUUGAGAUUUUUUUUUCUUGUCUUUUCCAUUUUUUGUUUGGCAGUGUUUCAAAAUGGAAAAGAAUCUUUAAAAAAAGAUGACUCGAAAGUUGUUGCUGGAGAAGUUUCUAGAAUAAACAAUUUUUUUGUUACCAAGUUACUAACUUGGAAACACUCCAUUGAA